AUGAAAGGGAGAGCUGUCGCCGUCAUUGGCGGCAUAGCCGCGUUGGCACAAAUCGCAGGGGCCGCAUAUGUCUGGCCCUCGAGACACGAUGAGAUUGAAGACAUUCUCUCCUUGCAGACGGGGUACCGCAGCAGGGGCUUCGUUGAGGGCGUGACCCCGUGCUCCUUUGGCGGCAAUAUCGCAGGCCGCCAGUUCGCCGCAGAAUGGAUCCGUACAGCCUUCCACGACAUCGCCACGACCGAUGCGGCCGCCGGCACGGGCGGCCUGGACGGCUCCAUCUGGUUCGAGCUCGACCGCGCCGAGAACGGCGGCGCUGCCUUCAACAACACCUUCAGCUUCUUCAGCAACCUUUACUCCGUCAGGGCCUCGGCGGCGGACCUGCUAGCCAUGAGCGUGGUCGUCGCCAACGCGGGCUGCGGCGGCGCGCGGAUGCCGUUCCGCGCGGGACGGGUCGACGCCGUCGAGGCCGGUCCCGCGGGCGUGCCGGAGCCGGACACGCCGCUCGACACAACGCGGAACACAUUCGCCAAAGCCGGUUUCAGCGAGAGCGAGAUGAUUGCGCUGGUGGCGUGCGGACAUACGCUUGGCGGCGUGCACAGCAGGAAUAACCCGCACAUUACGGGUCACGAUCCGACGCCGGACACAGUUACCAAGUUUGACAGCACGUUUGACAACUUUGACAACAAGAUUGCGACAGAGUACGUCAGGGGCAACACGACGAACCCCUUGGUGGUUGGAAAGAACGAGACACUCAACUCGGACAAGCGCAUUUUUGCAUUGGAUGGGAACAAGACGAUUCAGAACCUGGGGUGUACGAGGAACGGGUUCAAAACGGCGUGCGCCGACGUCUUCACGCGCAUGAUUGACACGGUGCCCUCCGCGGUGCAGCUGACGGAGCCGAUCGAAGCCGUUGACAUCAAGCCUUACGUGGUGUUGGCGUUGAGCGGGAACGGGAGCAUUACGUUCAGUGGCCACGUGCGUGUCAGAACGACAAAAGGUACUAGGCGCGACGCGAGCGAGUUGGCCGUCCACUUGAGCUUCGCAGACCGGAACGGCGAAGGCUCCGUCACUGUUCCGACGACCCUCGACGAAGGCGGCGCGACGUAUGGUCUUUGGGGGGAGACGUUCGUGUGGUACCAGUUCGAGAUAGCCAUCCCCGCCGCGAGCGGCAUCAGCAAGUUCCUCAUCCACCUGACGACUCCUUCCAAUAACGCAACGACGGUAUAUAGGAACGACGGUAGCGGGUACUCCCUGGACGACGCGCUGCUGUACCAGGCGCCCGCGUCGUGCGUCAACCGGACGAGCGUGAACAACGAGCGCACCUUCACCGUCACGGCAGCGGUACGGGAGGACCGCGCCGCGGACCCCGUGACGAUGGAGCUUGUGCGGCUUGUGAGACGGCAGGGAAUCAUCCACCGGAAGCUCGAGAUCGAGAGCGUCAAGCUUGCGGCGACGGGCGAGGGAGAGGGCGGGUAUGUCGUCUUCCAGGGGCAGAUGCAGCUUCCGACGAACGGAUGGAGCACGAGCUUUGAUCUCGUUUUGGGAGGGGAAAAGGAGGUCAGAGUCGACUUUUUGAAAACGCAAGCGUGUCCGCGCGUAUGA